GGGAGAGGAGAGGGAGGGAGAUAGUGAGAGUCUCAAACUGGUUAGCCCACCUAUCCACUAGGAGGAGAGGAGAGGCUGUUGAGGAGCAACAAAACAAUAAACAGCUACUACUACAAACCACAUCGGCGGAGUUCACGAUACACGCCAGAGGAGUACCAACAAAUAAUUGAGACAACGCCAUCGUAUUUGCCUCGGAGUGAAGUAACAGCCAUGUAUCUGAACAGGGAAGAGGACAAUAGCAAAGGCUCCGUGUCCCUCAGUGUGUUCCUGGUCUCCCUCGCAGUGACAGUGUGUGCUGUUUGGCUGGUGGCUCUUUGUGGCGUCUGUGGUUGGUGUCAACGCAAGCUGGGGAAGAGGAAUAAGCCAGGAGUGGAAACAGCAGACACUCCAGACUCGGCACGUGGGCGAGGGGAGAAGAAAGCCAUCAAUGAUCUAGACAGAGAUUUUUGGAAUAACAAUGACAGCAGCACAGUGCAGCAGAGGUGGAGCUCCUAUCCGCCCAAGGAGUUCGUACUAAACAUUUCUCCCUAUGCCCCAUAUGGAGAUCCUCGCCUCACACUCAAUGGGGCAGUGUCAGGGGGUCAGAAGGGGGCAGCAACUGGGCAUGGGGAUGAUGGGGGGGGUCCUUAUCGCAGUGACAGCGUGAAGAGCAUGGUGACAGAGGGAGUGAAGGCCGGGAGGUGGCAGACCGUCCAGGGCCACAUGCAGUCCGGAGGAUUGAGACCCAGCGACUUUGGGGAUCCAGUCUUAUCGUAUGCAUCCACUUUGGAGCACAUCCCCACCCGGCCUCGGACGCUGCUGCGCCAGCAGAGCCUUCAGCAGCCUCUCAUCCACCCACCAGGCCCUGGUCUCGGCCACCCCCCCACCACAUCCCAGAGUUUGGGACAAUUACACACAGCACCUGGACAGCCUGGGGGAGGCGGGGGUGCUGGGAGAGGAGAGGGAGGUGGCGGCAGGGGUGAGGGUGGGGGUGCAGGUACACGAGGCGGUCCCAGGGGUGCACGGGGCAGCACAGCAGGAGCAGGGGCCUCUCGCAAUAGGGGAGUUGGAGCAGGGCGCUCACGUGCCAAUCCUGGCAGCUGGGAUUACAUGAUGGACCAGAUGCGGAAUCGCGGCCUGGACGUCAAGUCCUUCCUUGAAGGGAAGAUGGUGGUCCUGGCUUUGGCCAUUGGUGUGGCUGAGCAAGAUGACUUUGCCAAUAUCCCUGACCUGCAGGAAACAGCGCAGGCAGCACCACCACAACCACCACCAGCCAAUCAGGAGCCCCCUCCUGAGAAGAGGGGCAACAAGCCAGCUAACAGCCCCAAGGGCCAACCCCCUGAUGCUGAUGGCCACUCCUCCGUAACGGACCUGGCCAACUCUCUCACUGGAGACAUGGUGAUGCUGUCUCCAGGUUCGGAGGAUGAUGACGGUGAAGGGCCAAUCAGUGAGAAGCUGGGCCGGAUCCAGUUCAGCAUAGGUUACAGCUUCCAGAACACGACCCUCACCGUCAAAGUUCUCAGGGGCCAGGAGCUCCCGGCCAAGGACUUCUCCGGCACUUCCGAUCCCUUCGUCAAAAUCUACCUGCUGCCUGACAAAAAGCACAAGCUGGAGACCAAGGUCAAGAGGAAGAACCUCAACCCCCACUGGAACGAAACCUUCCUGUUUGAGGGCUUCCCUUACGAGAAGGUGAGGGAGCGCACUCUCUACCUUCAGGUGUUGGACUACGACCGCUUCAGCAGGAAUGACCCCAUUGGAGAGGUGUCAAUCCCCCUUAACAAGGUGGAACUGGGCCAGAUAAAGACCUUCUGGAAGGAGCUCAAACCCUGCAGUGAUGGCAGUGGGAGACGAGGAGACCUGCUGGUGUCUCUCUGCUAUAAUCCCACUGCCAACACCAUCACUGUGAACAUCAUCAAAGCGCGUAAUCUCAAAGCCAUGGAUAUCGGGGGCACCUCAGAUCCAUAUGUGAAGGUGUGGCUGAUGCACAAGGACAAGCGAGUAGAGAAGAAGAAGACGGUGACGAUGAAGCGCUGUCUGAACCCUGUCUUCAACGAGUCCUUCCCCUUCGACGUGCCCGCCCAUGUGCUGAGGGAGACCACCAUCAUCAUCACCGUCAUGGACAAGGACAGGCUCAGCCGCAACGACGUUAUCGGCAAGAUCUACCUAUCGUGGAAGAGUGGACCAGCGGAGGUGAAGCACUGGAAAGACAUGCUCGCUCGGCCGCGUACUAACGUCGCCCAGUGGCACGCUCUCAAGGCCUGAUCGCACUGCCCAGCUUCCUCCAUGGCCCCUUCCCGUCUCCUACUCCCCCUCCUCCCUCCCCUCCUCCCACUCCCGUCCUUAUGCACAAGACUGACUUGCUGCCAGGCUGCGAAACACGGGUACAAUUAGCCAUCUGCUCUCUUAAACCUUUAAACUCUUUUCUCUUUUAUUUCAAAAUCUCUAUUCCUCUCUGGCUCUUCUCACCUCCUCUGUUCCCUCUCCUUCAUGCGGCCGUGUCUUAGUUCCUGUGUCUCACCUACUUUGCCAAUGGUCCCCCUGUUUCUGACUGUCUGUAUGUCUGUCUGUCCUUAUGCACUUUGCCUGUGGAGGUCUGAUGUUCAGUUUCUUUGUCGACCCCUUGGUUCUGAACUGCACUGCAGCCCCUGACCCAUUAAUGGUGCCAGUCCCAUGGGAUCACAGAGAAUCUUAAGUAACGAUCUAAUCUCAUAUAAUCCUAUUGUAUGACUAUUCCAGGUACACAAUACUAUACAGUAUGUACAAUAUGUACAUAUACAUAUUAAUAUAUUAGGCGAAUAGAUUGGCAGAACUCCCCCUAUACACAUGACUAAUAUACAGUAUGUUAUCCAUAGCCUGUCUGCUGUUUCCCAUCUCUCCUGUCUCUUCAUUUGUCGCCUUGUCAUCUGUCUCAAGUGUACAAUAUCCUCUCCCCAUUUCAGUGCUCCCUCCUUUUACUCAAAAGUGGUUUAAUGUUCAGCUCAAGUUGUGGAAAGCAAUCAAUACUCGGUGUUUGAUGAAUCCAGCUGAACUCAAGAUGGAGUUGUUGAUACUGCUGUCUCUUUUCUCCCUCCUCUUUUUUUUCCUCUCUAUGCUCUUUAUCUCCUUUUUUCCUUAUUGUUCCCUCUUUCUCAUCCUCUGGCACAAUAUUAGUGAAUCCAACCCUCUCUGGACCCCCACCCUCUUGUCGUCUGUGUGCUGUGGGUGCUGUGCUGUAGCUCCAACAAAAAUAGAGAUUAAAAAAGAAAAAAAUAAACUGAACUUUCCGGAAACUGGGAAAGCGGGAACACAAUAAACUUACGAAACGGAUCGCUCCUGAUUUUUCCAGACAAAAAGCCCUGAUGUGGAGAGAGAAAAAAGAAGAUGAAAAAAAACAACAACAACAAAUCCCCCGUGAUAUGAUGAUGUCAUUUUUCACAGCAUCACCAACUGAGGAAAACAAUUUCAAAUCUUCCAAUUUUAAGGUGAAAACAGAAGCAAAAAGGUUGCGCUGUUUGUGCACACUUCUGUCUGUUUAUUGAUGCUAUGAAUUCUUUUUGCUGCCCUGUGCUGUUGUCUUCUGCUGAUGGGGGUCAACCUCCAGUUUUGACUGUAUGGUGUACUGCGUUAAUGUGUGCCUGCCGCUGAGUGUGUGAGCGUGUGUGUGUGUGUGCGUGUGUGUGUGUGUGUGUUCACAGGAGCAACACAAUUCAGACUCGGCAGAAAUCUUCUUCUCUUUUCUCUUUCUCACCUUGUGCUUUUCUUGCUCUUCUUACUGCCAUUGUUUCCCCCGUCCUCCUUUACUGCCCUGCCUUCUGAACGAGGGCUCAGUGAAGUUCUAUCUGCACUUUUUGAAAAUGUAAUAACAAUAAUAAUGAUGAUGACAGUUUUGAUGAUGAUUAUAGUACCGGUGAAAAUUAAGGGAGGAGUAUCUGAGAGGGUGAGCGGCAGCUGGGGAGAGGAGACGUCUGCUCUAUGAUUUCAGGGUUUGGAGAUGAGGUGGAGGACACAGAGGAUGGAUGUAGGGCUCUCAUCCUCCUCUUUUUGUUCCUCUGUUUUCCUCAGUGUACCUGUGUACAAGUGUGUGCGCGUGUGUGUUUGUGUGUCAGCUACCAGACUCCUGGUGGCAGGCUGCUAGUGUCUGAAAUGUCAGGUGAGGAUGGAGAGAUCAGGCUUGUCACACGGAGGCCAGCCAACACAGUGGUGCUGUUACACAAUGUGUUGAACAACAGGGAGCAUGGUCAGAGCUCUAACCAAGAGUGUGGAUGCUCCUGUGUGAGUCUAUGAUGCUCAAUAAUUGGUGUAUAUACAUCAGACCGGCAAUACAGCAAAAUGUCAAGGCUGUGCUCCCUAUUUGGGAGAUAGAAAGCCGCAGAUCCUGUAGAUGUCAAAGCAGUUUGACGUGUGUUUUAUUAUGAUUCAGACACGCCUGUAUGCAUUUAUUUCUUGUUAGACAAACGCUUGUUUUGUAGACAUAUCUAAUAAUUGUUUUGUGACCGAGCCUGAACCUGAGCUUUCUCAGUAUCUUAAUAAAUUCAGGUUGAUCACUGUCGUGCCCCUUCAGCCUUCCCCCAUCAAAGUAGAUAUAUAACCAAACACAGUGGAUGAAUAUUGCUUCAGGGGUGGAGGAUGAUUGCAUCUGUUUGUCCUACAAAGACAACUGACAGCAGCAGAGAGGAGAACAGUGAUAGCAGCAAAAUGUUUGGCUAAUUGUGGCAAAAUCUGGUUGGAUUAACAUAGGUUGACGCCCAUAGUCUGUUGAUUUGUUAGAGGCUAGAGAGGAGCAGUGAGAAUUGUGAAUAAUACAAGAGCGUAAAGAGAGUCUUCCUGGCUGAACAUUCGCUAAACCUAAUUAGAUUGAAUCACCAGGUAUCAUGAGCCUAAGUGUUUUCUGUGAUAGCAUUGACUGUAUAAAAUAUUGGACUUAAGUACAGUGAUGUCACCCACUGGCUUGUGGAGUUGUUUUGAAGCCUC